AUGGAAGAAGCUCUCAACAGCACCAUCCAUCCGACCUGUUUAGAAGAACCUCCGUUGGCUAUCGAUGUCAUAAAGCAGCUGGAUGUCUUUGGUGUGGCUCUGUACUCCAUGCUGACCCUCAUGUCUACGCUGUCCCUGCUGCUAUACCUGGAGGAGUGUGUGUUUAUCUAUAGAAAAGUCCCGUCUCCUAAGAAGACAACUAUUAUGUGGGUCAAUGGUGCUGCACCGGUCAUUGCCACCAUGGCUUGUUUUGGGAUGUGGAUACCAAGGGCUACCAUGUUUACAGAUAUGACCUCUAAUUCGUACUUUGCAGUGGUGGUGUAUAAGAUCUUGGUUCUGAUGAUAGAGGAGAGUGGGGGUAGUGAGGCCUUUCUGAAGAGCAAUGCCCAGAAAACCUUCAAUAUCAGUGUAGGACCCUGCUGCUGCUGCUGUCCCUGCUUGCCACGCGUUCCGGUCACACGGUGCAUGCUAUUCUGGCUGAAGCUGGGGGCUCUUCAGUAUGCUAUCUUAAAGACAGUCCUCUCAAUUGUGUCCAUAAUAUUGUGGACCAACGGCAACUUUGAUCUUUCUGAUCUGGAGAUCACAGGCACGGCUAUUUGGAUCAACCCAUUUAUAGGUGUUCUCACCAUCAUCUCCCUCUGGCCUGUCGCCAUCAUGUUCAUGAACAUAUGCAACACACUGCGCAGCAUCAAGAUCAUACCUAAAUAUGCCAUGUACCAGUUGGUGCUGGUGCUCAGUCAGCUGCAGACGGCCAUCAUUAACAUCUUGGCCUUGGAUGGAACCAUCGCCUGCUCCCCGCCAUUCUCCUCUAGUGCCCGUGGCACCAUGUUGAGUCAGCAGCUAAUGAUCUUGGAGAUGUUCAUCGUUACCCUGGUGACCCGGGCGUUGUACCGCCGCACCUAUGACUCUCUUCCCACCGACCCCCACGACACCGACAACGACCAGAACAGCAAGAUCAGCCUGCAGGCCCCACAGGGGGAGCACACUGUCUGAGAGAUUGGGGUGGAGUGAGAGGGAGAGUGGUGUGUGUGUUUGCGUGAGUGUGCGUUAAAGAGAGGGAGAGAGAGAGAGGGACUCUCUACCAAACAUUUACACUAUUGUUUUACUUGUAUAUUCAUUUUGUUUUGAUGGUGUGAUACUGUAUAUUCUGCUGUUCUAGUUGUUGGUUAGUCUUGUAUGAGAUGAAACUUACUGUAUAUUAAAAGUUUACCUGCAUUAUGCUGAAUAUAAUAUUAGAACAUAUACCUCAAACAACAUGUCUGUCCCAUCCAUAUUUCCUCAAGUUGCCUCAGCUCUCAACACGGCUAUGUGGAGUUUGGUGUGUGAGGGUGUUGGAAAGAGAUGGAGUUUAUAAACAAAAGCGGGUUAAUGGGGGUAUGAAAUAUGUAUUUUGUAUUCAUAUCAAUAAAUAUAGUGAA